ACAGAACAAAAUGUACAUGUGCUGCCGGUACAAAUUCGUCGAAAAAUGUAUGAUUUCUAUAAUGAAAAAAUUUAUGAUAUAAAAAUAUAUCUUCUAAAAUGAGCGCGCGUAAUGAAAUUCAUCUGAUAAGUUAGGAUUCUGCUAUUAUUGAUAACAACAAAUAAUUGCGCACGCCGGCUUAUAACAGCACGUGUGCCGCAACUGCAGAGUGCAGACGUGUGCAAUCUGAAAGUGACAGUUGUAUUUUUAUUCUUACUUUGACUAAUUUGGUAGUUCAACAUUUUAACAUUGAUCGCAUCGUAAUGUUCAAGUUUAAUUUUGGAAAUGCUGAUGUGACGGAUGAAGAAAAAAGUGAAAAGAAAGAUGAUGAAUUACAAUGGUUCCCAGCAAAAGAAGUAAGAAUCCCGACCCACUUACUUGAAAAAGGUGUAGAAAAAGAAUUAGUGUUUUCAAAUAAUACAAACAUUGAAAACUGUCCUUUGAAACUUGUUGAUUCAAAUGCUGUUAUUGAUAAAUUGACUGAAGAAAAUUCUGAAAUUAUUGUGGAAGCUGAAUCAAAACAUUCAGAUCUUUUACCAGCUAAGUAUGAAGGAGGAUUAAAAAUUUGGGAGUGUACUUAUGAUUUAGGAAAUUAUAUUCUUAAUGAAAAAAUAUCCCUUGAAAACAAAAAAAUUUUAGAUUUAGGAUGUGGAGCAGGGAUUUUGGGUAUCAUUGCUCUUCUUAAAGGAUCUACUGUUGAUUUUCAAGAUUAUAAUCAAGAAGUAAUAGAAGCAUACACAAUACCAAAUGUGAUAUUAAAUUGUGAUGGUUCUGACGUAAUAGAAAAAAAAUGUAAAUUUUAUUGUGGUGAUUGGAAAGCAUUCAUUGAUCUAAAAGAAUCAUCUGAAAAUGAUGAGAAAUAUGAUUUUAUUCUUACAAGUGAAACUAUUUACAAUCCAGAUAAUAAUGAAAAAUUAUAUAAUGUAUUCAAACAUUUGUUAAAGAAAAAUGGAAUUGGAUUUGUAGCUGGUAAGGUUCAUUAUUUUGGAGUUGGAGGAAACAUGAGAGAAUUUGAAUCGCUAAUUAAAAAGGAUGAUGUAUUUGAAGUUACAUCAAUUUGUUGCAAUACAGAAGGUUUGAGGAGGGAAAUACUUAUAUUAAAACAGCAUCAAUAAUAGAAGUGUAUUCAACAGUUUUUAUAUUAAUGUUAGAUAAAAAGGUGAUUGAUGAAACUAAUUAUUUCCAAUAAUUUUGUUGAGUCGAGAAUGUUGUAAAAAAUUAUGACAAUGAAAAUUCCAAGUUUUUAAAGAACAUAAAA